UCUUCUAAGGGACUUUAAUGAGACAGACCACGCUGUAGAAAUUGUGCUAUUUCAGGUCUGGAAAGGCAGCUUGUGAGAGCCGCUGUAGCUUUUCAACUCCUCUUUUCCUGCCUUAUUCUACUAAGGAGAACUGUGAGAGCGGGAAAGGACAGUGUAGGCUCUCGAGGGGGGAAAGCAAACGUUGACCUGACCCUGGUCCUUGGAAAUCAACUGACAACAGGAAGGAAGUUUAUUAACCCCUCUGCUCCACCCCCUCCUUCUCCCGGGGUGGAGAUCGGCUCCUCCUCCUGGUCGGGCGACCCUGGAGUAAAAUGCCAGCAGCCGCCUGCUUCCCGCACCCUGAGCAGCGCUCCCAGCCGAAGAAGAGGCAGGAGGCGAGGGUGCCGCCCAAAGCCGAGUGGAGUGAGUCUGUCCAUCCGGCGUGAACAUCCUGAGCGAGACCGCCCGGACCCCGCGAGCCUCGCGACGACCAGGCACCACCCCAGGCGCCCCGUUGGCCUGCCUCUCUGCCAAAUUGGCGCUUUGCACCCCAGCUCCCACCUUGAUCCUCCAGCCCCACUGCACCCCCGAACCCCAGUGGCACAUUGUGCAGGUGGCGCAAACGCCCCCGCCCUCGGGCGCCCCCUGCCGGGGAGAGGGAAAGCGGCGGUGCGCGGAGGAGCCGGGCGCAGGGCGGGGAGAGAGCUCCGGCGCCGGGAAGAAGCCGGGAGCUUCCCUGAUGGUGCCGCCGCUUCCGAGCCGGGGAGGAGCAGCGAGGGGGCAGCUGGGCAAGAGCCUGGGUCCGCUGCUGCUGCUCCUGGCGCUGGGACACACGUGGAGCUACCGGGAGGAGCCCGAGAACGGCGACAGAGAAAUCUGCUCAGAAAACAAAAUCGCCACGACCAAAUACCCGUGUCUGAAGCCUUCGGGCGAGCUCACCACGUGCUUCAGGAAGAAGUGCUGCAAAGGGUAUAAGUUUGUCCUUGGACAGUGCAUCCCAGAAGAUUAUGACGUGUGUGCCGAGGCUCCGUGCGAACAGCAGUGCACGGAUAACUUCGGCCGAGUGCUGUGCACGUGUUACCCGGGGUACCGCUAUGACCGGGAGAGGCACCGGAGGCGGGAGAAGCCGUACUGCCUGGAUAUCGACGAGUGUGCCACUAGCAAUGAGACGCUGUGCGCCCACAUCUGCAUCAACACCUUGGGCAGCUACCGCUGUGAGUGCCGGGAGGGCUACAUCCAGGAGGACGACGGCAGGACGUGCACCGAGGGAGACAAAUAUCCCAGCGACACUGGGCACGACGAGAAGGCAGACACGGCGGUGAGAGCCGGCACCUGCUGUGCCACAUGCAAGGAGUUUCACCAGAUGAAGCAAACGGUGCUGCAGCUGAAGCAGAAGAUUGCCCUGCUCCCCAACAGCGCCGCCGACCUGGGCAAGUACAUCACUGGUGACAAGGUCCUGGCCUCGAACGCCUACCUUCCAGGACCUCCUGGCCUGCCUGGGGGCCAGGGCCCUCCCGGCUCUCCAGGACCGAAGGGGAGCCCAGGCUUCCCGGGGACACCAGGCCCUCCAGGGCAGCCCGGCCCCCGGGGCUCAAUGGGACCAAUGGGACCGUCUCCUGAUCUGUCCCACAUUAAGCAAGGCAGGAGGGGCCCUGUGGGUCCGCCGGGUGCCCCAGGAAGAGAUGGUUCUAAGGGGGAGAGAGGAGCGCCUGGCCCCAGAGGGUCUCCAGGCCCCCCCGGCUCUUUCGACUUCCUGCUGCUCGUGCUGGCUGACAUCCGCAACGACAUCGCGGAGCUGCAGGAAAAGGUGUUCGGGCACCGGACUCACUCUUCAGCCGAGGAGUUCCUUCUACCUCAGGAUUUUUCCAGCUACCCAGAGACCAUGGACUUCAGCUCUGGAGACGACUACCCGAAAAGAACUGAGACGAGAGACCUGGGGGCCCCCAAAGACGUUCACCCUUAGUGCCGCCUGGCAUCAUGCCCAAGAGCAGUGUCUGCACCUGCAGUUAAGUCAUCUAAAGAACAAACCACAACACCACUGGCGACCUAAGAAAGAUACAUUUUUAUUUUCUUUACUCUUUUCCUGCCUUCUCCCUUCUCUCCUUCCAAGACAUGAGGGAUUGAUUUAUGUGCUUCCCCGGAGAGUGCAGUGGAACUUUUCUUUCACAUCCUUAUAUUUCAGGAACUUCUGAUUUCUGAAAUCAGGUACUCUCACGGUGUCUUAAAAAUUUGGCAGAAUAUCAAAAAGGGGGAAAGGGCAAGGUGAGUGCUAAGAAAAUGUUGUUUACUUAUUAAAAAAAAAUACAUAUGUGUCCAAAAUAGUUUGUCACUCCUCAGUAUCAGUGAAAAGGGGGCGACAACAAUGUAUAUUGACCUUGGUGGAUCAUUAUUUUUCCUUGUCAGUCUAAUAGAUUUAAAAUACUCUGUCUUCUUAGCCAACCUUUUCCCCAAAGUUUGAUUAAAGGGAGGAGAGGAGGAGGAGUGAAGAUUCGAGAAGAUGGAGAAAAAUUACAGCCGUGUACUGACUGUCUUGUAGGUGUCCCCAAAUUAACACUCAGAUGUGACUGUUCAGGGUGCAUGCCGCACUGACCUGCGAGUAUCCUAUUCGAAGAAGAAAGUUACUCUCGCUGGAGGAAUAAAUCCUCUUUUCAAACAAAGUAAGUGAAUGCAGGGCCCUGGUUCAUAUUAGAACAGCGGGCUCCUGGUUUGCCAGGACAUUUUAAAGCUACGUGAUGAAUGAGUGGGCUUGCGUAGUAAAUCAUAGGUUAUUUGUUAAACAGAGGUAACUGACCCUUUGGGAGAGGUGCAGAAUUCCCUGACCGUGACCACGUGCCCAGAAGGUGCCAUUAGGCCAUGAUCCAGGUUGAAUCGAUGUACAGUGGCGCCCAGGGCUGGAAGGAGGUUGCUGGCUCGGGUUGUUGGCGAUGGGGGAAGGGGAACCUGAGGAAGAGACCCCGCUGAGUCACAGAGGCCGGUCAGUUUGCUGUCCUGGGAACUAGAAGUCCUUGUCGGGGGCCAGCCAGGCUUGCCAGCAUAUUGAGAAUAACGCACAAUCGAAGAAAGGUCUCUGGAAUGCAACAGGGGAAAACAACAGGUUUCCUGGUUUACCAGAAGUUUCCUUCUCAUUUUUCCUUAGUUUUCCAUAAUUUAGUCCACGUUCCAGUCCUUGCGGGCCUUCUCCUUGACGUCCCUUCCUCAGCAAACACGGGAAGCAGCUGGGACAGGAGCGGACUCCCACAUGCCCCCCAGAAUCAGUGUGUGCUCUUCCACCUCCAGGUCCCAGAGGACGCAUAUUCUGGAAAAGGCUCUCUGCCUCCACAGACACAGGAGCAAGAGUGCUCAAGGGACCUGCAGGGGCAUCCGCUCCUUUGUCAUAUUGUUGAGGAGCCUCUUGGUUUUAAUGGGCAGCUUACAGGCCCCUUCAAGUCCGCCUUGUCACUUGACGCACAGACUGGCAUUGCAGCUGCCUUUUCAGGAGACAUUCUCCCUUAUCUUGAGCUUCACAAAUGACGAUUGCCACAACUCCUGUUUGCUCGUGUUGGGGUUCCCAUUUCCCACCCCGCUGUGUCCCCCUAAAUUUGGGGACGAUUUGUAUUUAAUUUUCCUUUUCCAUCUCCUCUUAGCGUCCAUCAUUUCACUCUCCUGCAAAAGCUUGUUUUUUCUUCAAACACCACUGAGAACAAUGACAUGCCACUUUUCACUCUUUCUUCAGAACAGUAAGAAGGGCUUGUGUUUGCAAAUCUCCAGUGACAGCCUCCCUUCCCUCGUCCCCAUCGCUUUAGACACGGGGCUCCAGCCAGCCAGCCAGAGGCUGAGUUUUUCACCAACACUUGCCUCCUCUAUUUCUUAAUCGCACAAAACCCCCAGUGACUGUCCACCAAGAUGUUACCGCUGAAAGCACGCACAUCCCCAGUGCUGUUUUUCUAGGAUCUUUCCUGCCCCCUUCAGUCUCUCCAGAAUCUUAAUUGUCACAGCAGAAGCCCUCACCAGCCACAGGUUCAUGAAGAGAUGAACUGAGCAGAUGUUGGUUCCCAUCUGGAAUGUAUUUAAUGUUUGCCGGCUUGUGGAACCCACGAUUUAAAGUGUGCAGACAGAUGAAUACUAAAAACUUGAUGCACAGGCUCCGAGAAAUGAUUAGGUCUAUCUUUGAUUUUUUUUUUUAAACGAGGAAUUUUAUUACCUUUUCUUUUUCUUAACAGUGAACUGUAUGUAGAAAUAUAACUUCCUUCUUUAUUGUUGAGUGAUCAUAAAAUGCAAGAAAACUGCAUGUUUGGUCAGAGGUUAGGAUCAUAUAUUAACUGAAUGAAUGGAAAAUGGUAAUAUCUGGGAUUUGUGAGACAAUUCUGGAUAAUAAUCUCCAGUAAAACACAGUAACCUGUAUUUUAUCAUUUCAAUCUGCUGGAUCAGGUCAACCUAUAAAAUAAUUAUCCUCAGAUGUUAAAAACUUGGACUACCACCAUACAGACUAAAUACGUACUCUGUAUGCCGAAAUUGUAUUUGUCAAAGACAAAUCGUAAGGCACUGUUGUUCCUAAUGUAUCUUUUAGUUAUGGGCAGGAAACCAAGACUUCAAUGUCUAAACAGGACUUCUGCUCAAAACCUAAUAGGAAAGCCUUUUUUUGCGGGGGGUGGGGGCGAGAUUUGCUAGUUUGGCUAAGCCCCUUCAUGUUUCAUUGGAGGAAAAAAGGUCUUUGUACACCCUUCAAUUCUUCCCCAGAAACGUUGACCUUAAUUCUUUCACACCCUGACAAGUAGAACUUAGAACAGGACUUAAUAGGUUGCUUCUGUUUUCGGAAAGCAGUGGGAAUAAAACUCCACUGUUCAAAAUAGCACAAGGAGGGGAUACAUUUUAGUUUAGGAAAGUUCUCCUCCCUUCCCAGUUCUGGAGGGAGAAAUUAGAAGCUGUGCUGGGCCAGCUCCUAUGGGGGUGCAAAGGGAAUUCUGUCUUCUCUCUUCUUCUGUGUUAAUUUCAAUACCUGCCACAGAGCAGAUCAGCCAACUAAAGUCACAUCUACUGUAUAAACUCAGACAAGUGUGUUCAUAGCCACACAGGUAGAUCACAAAUACGCACUGGCGGGUGGGGAGGAUUUUAUUUCCCCACCAAGUAACAGGUGAAGGGCACCCUGGGUCUGGGCCUGCUCCUUUUGAAGGCUUCAUGGUACUGAUGGCCUUGGGAGAGGUGUUUCGGGGGAUGCAGAGGAGGAUGUUCUGCACCAGGCAUCUCCUUGGGUUGCCAGCAGAUCCCUCCUCACUUUUGGGGUGUCACUCCCCCUCCUCCUAUCCCUUCUCCAGCCUGUCACAGAGAGAGCAAGCUCACUGUGUAACCUUAACAUCUUUCAGAUAACCUUCCUGAAAAGGCAAUUUAUUUGCAGGAAUCCAGGCCAAACAGCUAGUAGAACAGAGCCAUCUAAAGUUACUAGUAAUGAAUUCAGGGAAAUAGAUGAAAUUUUUCCUGGCACGGUCAACACGUAUGUUUCACAACAAAUCAAAAAAUAAUUUCAUU